UCACGAAGGCCAAGCUCUCAGGCAAGUGGGAGGAGAGACACCGAGGAGGAGAAAGGUUUGCUAAGUAGGAAGCGCUGUGUGUGUGGGGUGACGUUUGCUGUCAGUGAACCUGAAACAAGAAACGGGGCAAAAGGCAGAUUCUCUAUCUCUCUCUCUCUCUCGUGGCCCGUCAAGAUCUAAGUCACCUUUUUGUUUUAUUUUGGGGGAGCGCGAGCAGUGUGUUUUUUUUUAUUCUCCCUCUCUCUAUUAUUUUACUCUGGUUACUAAUUCGCAGGAUGCAAGCCAUCAAGUGUGUGGUCGUCGGUGACGGAGCUGUGGGUAAAACCUGCCUCCUGAUCAGCUACACAACCAAUGCCUUUCCCGGAGAGUACAUCCCAACUGUAUUUGACAACUACUCCGCCAAUGUGAUGGUGGACGGGAAGCCGGUGAACCUGGGGCUGUGGGAUACUGCGGGGCAGGAGGACUACGACAGACUGCGACCACUCUCCUACCCCCAGACUGAUGUCUUCCUGAUCUGUUUCUCCCUGGUCAGCCCAGCGUCGUUUGAGAACGUUCGUGCCAAGUGGUACCCUGAGGUGAGGCACCAUUGCCCCAGCACCCCCAUCAUCCUGGUGGGCACCAAACUGGAUCUGAGGGACGAUCGCGACACCAUCGAGAAGCUGAAGGACAAGAAGCUUUCCCCCAUCACCUACCCCCAGGGCCUCGCCAUGGCCAAGGAGAUAGGGUCAGUGAAGUAUCUGGAAUGUUCCGCACUGACGCAGCGAGGCUUGAAAACUGUCUUCGACGAAGCCAUUCGGGCAGUGCUGUGCCCCCCCAUCACAGACAAGAAGCAAAAGAUUUGCAGACUUGUUUAACGAGCCAACCACCUUCACCGUGUCCAGAGCAGAGGAAUGUGUCGCUUCAGAAAGAGAA